UAAUAAUUCAUAAUUCGUAGGAAAUUAGUGUUAAAGCUCGAAUCUUUUCUGCAAAUUCAUAAUUAAGUGGUGAAAUCGAGUAAUUUUACAUAAACAAAAAGGCAAUCUCGUUGUGAGCCGACGCCAUCUCGUGAAUUUGAGAAUCCAGUUAUUAGACUGUUCAUUAUGUGAUCGCUGUGAAGUGAAUAAUCCUUUAUGAUAAUUGCUUCGCUAUGGUUAAAGUAUCUAUUUCAUCAAAGCUCCCGAAAGGAGCAUGUGCUCAUAAAAAGAGACAUACUAAAUCGGAAAAUAGAUAUGCGAUUCUUAAAAGAUCGCCACGGAAAGGAGUUGCAAGGUCUAAAUGCCACCAUCAAAGAAGGAAGAAAAGCAAAAGGGAUGUAAAAACUUUAGAAGUAAUUAUCUUCGAGAUUCACAUUGUGAACGCCGCGAAUUUCAGUGCCUUUAUUCGGCAUGUUCUGUCCAGUUUUCAAGAAUAUAAGGUGUACUUUCGGUAUAAAGACGGUCAAUAUCGCUGUUUCGUGUUGCUUGAUUCACAAGAGGAGCUCGAAAUUACGGAGGAGAAUCAAAAUGUACGGAUAUGUUCCUAUCUCCACGAGGUACCUUUUACGGACUUUCUGGUAAGGACGUCGAGAACUGCGGGGUCUUUCGUGGUACUAUAUAAGAGACCAUACUGUCAGCAGAUGUUUGAAAAGCUUCAAUGGUACGUACACGAUGACCUUUGCCCAUAUAAAGUUGAUCUGUCGAAGAAACAGUUGAUGGAAAUGCCUUAUGAAUAUGACACUUUCGACAACAUGUAUCAUUAUGGUGACUAAAUGUUAGUUGCAAAUAAUAGCUCUGACACAAUGACCGUGAAAAACAAAAACCUUGAUCUGGUAGUUCCGUUCAAAGAAAUUCAAAUUUAUGCACUUCCCUGUGUAAAAAGUUAUUUCAAGCAGUUAGCACUACCAGGAAAUUCAUCCAAAAACAUAAUCUACAAUGACGGUGAAUUGCUACUGAAUCCGUCGCAAUUGCGGGUAGGGAUUAAAUAUGGCGAUGGUGAAAAUGCUCAUGAGCAGAACAACAUUUCAAUAUUAGAGAGCGCUAGGGCAAAUGGCAUAUCACGAAGCAAAAGAAGACGGCCUCGCUAUCCAGGGAAAUGUACCAUGGAAUUCAGACUAGACACGUUUACCACCUGGGCGCAUUCAGCACCUACCCCACAAACGCUUGCAGCAGCUGGCUUCUUUUUCAAGGGCGAUGCGGACCUUGUUCGGUGCCACCAGUGCGGUAUCGGCCUCAAAGACUUCAGCCCGGUUGACGAUACAUUGUCAGAGCAUAUUAAACACGAUGGCAGCUGUGAAUUCCUCAUUGAUUUAUAUGGGAUUACUAGAUUGGAACGGAAAAGGUGUCUGAUUAACGAUCCUGAACCUUUAAGAAGACGACAGCUUGAAUCGCUCCAUACACAAACAGCCCCAGAUAGAACAUACCGACGACCCGAGUACGCGAGCUAUGAGGCCCGCCUGGCGACAUUUGACGGUUGGCCGGAACAUGUGUCUCAGAAGCCGCACCAGCUUGCAGACGCUGGUCUGUACUUCACAGGUGUUAAAGAUCAUGUGCGGUGUUUCGCCUGUGACGGAGGACUGCGACAGUGGGAUGAGGGAGACGACCCUUGGCUGGAGCACUGCCGCUGGUUUCCAGCCUGUCCCUUCGCCAGGACAUCUAAGGGUGACGAAUUUGUUGAACUCAUUCAGGCUUUCGUCGACCAAGGGGAGGAGUUUUCAGACCUGGAGGAAACAAGACCUUCUGGUGAAGACAACAUCCCGUUGGGGUUAACGGAGCUCGAGCAACACCGGCGCACGUUGACUACCGAAUAAAUUAAAGAGGACGCCAUUCAGCAUAGACAAUAUGGAAAUAUCUCUCCAACAUUAAAUGAUCUUAAUAUACGGAAACGGAAUGAAAUUCGACCAAUUCAACAGGAAGCAGCAGAAGCAGUGGACAGACAUGAAAGCAUAUUUGAAGAGAAUUCUCGUUUAAAGCACAUCUUGAAAUGCCAGCGGUGUAAUGUCAAUAACGUCAAUGCACUGUUCCUGCCAUGUGCGCAUCACCGGAUGUGCAUGAAGUGCGCGAGCAAAUACGACGUCACUGUGUGUCCAAUUUGUGACCGGCCGAUCAGGGAAAUCGUUAAAACAUUUAUGGGUUGAAAUGCGUUCGUCCAUUUAACCGUCUUAAAACCAUACACCAACGAAUUUAAUGUUCUUUUAUAGCUAUUUAUUUGCUCGAGGCAGGGAUUCAAAAAAGGAAUAGGCCGUGUUCGACGAAAAAUUAUUUCACUGUCACAUAUGAAGUCAGGAGACAGGGAUGAAAAGGGUAUAAAAAUCGUCGAUCAUUUGUAUAGUAAACUUAUUGAAAUAAAUACAUUAAUUGUUGUUUAUAAUUGAAUGGACAAUUUAAAGCAAUCUGUGAUUAUGUAUGUAAGAGAUGUUUAUUACACCAGUUAUAUAUCUACACUGUAUGUAAUUAUUAAUGAUUGUUACUUAUGUGCUCACAUGCAUGUAUUUAUAUAUUUGUAUAUCUAUAUUUAUAUAUCUGUGUCUUCUUAGAUGUGUGUCUUGACUUUUAAGUACCUGUUAUUGCCACAAAGUGUCUUUUAUUAUAUAAUGUUGUUUACCAUAUAUGCUCAAGCCUCACCUCAUGUGAUAUAUAUCGUAUUUGAUCAUCUGUGUGUCAUUCCGAAAUACCUCAUAUUGCUCUAGUCAAGUCAGUCUAUUUGGUUCUAAAACCUGACAUCAAGUGUCGAACAAACCAAGCCUGGCUUUAAAUGUGCCAGGAAAUAAGCAAUGAUUGAAUGAAAACAAAUACCCUUUUCCCCCCGAAAUCAAAUUUCUCUCAUAUUCUUCAUUAUCUUUGUACACCCAAUUUGCAAUUGCAGUGCUUAACAAAACAACAUGUCGCUAUAAUAAUAUCAACAGGAUUGCCUAAAACUACCUUAAAAUAUUUACACUGAAACGCAUCAAAUGGCCAAAAACCACUAUGGCGGCUCGUUUCAAGUAGAAAAUCAACUAGAAGAUGUCAAUCCACCCAUUCAAAACUUAACUCAUGUUAUCUUGACAAAGGUCGUGCCUUAGAAUCCAUAAUGACACUGUAUAUGAUAAGCCAGCACCUCCUACGGCAUCCUGAGAAGAAAACGAACAACAUCAGGAACGUUUGCUCUACCCAAGCUUGCACUGGAUUAAACAGACGUUCAAGAGAGUAUUAUACACAUCAUACGAGGGGACCACCUUCAGAUUAAACCCUCAAUUUCUGUUGUUUUUUUCAGUAAUUAUUUUUUUGUUUAUUCUAGCUUUGCAUUGUUUGUGUGUAUUUAACGCAUUGAAAAUAUACUGUUUUUUUGUUCAACAUCGUCCACCAUCGAGUUGAGUGAAUUACAGUGUUCAUGUAUUUGUAUUUGACAUCAAUGUAGCACGUUAUAAUACAAAUAACAUGUAUGCUAAAAAUUAUUUCUUUGUUUUCAUUUUCUCGAACAUAACCAACCAAUGCUUGAACACCAAAGUUGAUGUUGUCUGACUUAUCAAUACCCAAUGCUCAUUAGAGAGCAAGUCAACGCUCCAUCCAA